UAUCACUUUUAUAGUUCUCUACCUUUCUCUCUCUUUCCAAUACAGGUGCCUACAUCCAAUAUAGGUGUGCAAGAAGCAUUUUUCCUUUUCUUCUCUCCUUCUCGUGAGCACACAUGUAACAUCAUUUUCAUUGAGCUAGUGUAACAUCUACCAGUCACUCAUUACAGUUUUCACAUAACAUGCUAUCCUUACAGGAAGAUCCUUACUCAUAGCUAACUACCAAAGAUAGUAAGAAAGAGAACUCAGCCUCAGGAAGAGGAAGAAGAAGAUGAUUCCACUUUUCACUUUGCUGAUUCCACUUGCCUAUUUUCUGAGUACCUGCUUAGGAAACACUAAUGACAUCUAUCUCCAAUUGAAUGAUGAUGUUCUUGGCCUGAUUGUGUUCAAAUCAGACCUGCAUGACCCUUCUUCACAUCUUGCUUCAUGGAAUGAAGAUGAUGCUACCCCAUGUUCAUGGCAGUUUGUGCAAUGCAAUCCCAAGAGUGGAAGAGUCUCAGAACUCUCGUUGGAUGGCUUAGGAUUAUCAGGGAAGAUAGGAAGAGGCCUUGAGAAGUUGCAGCAUCUAAUGGUAUUGUCCCUUUCUCAUAAUAACUUGAGUGGUACUAUUAGUCCUUCACUUUCUCUUUCUAGCACUCUUCAAAGGGUCAACCUUAGUCACAAUGCUCUUUCUGGUCCUGUUCCCACUUCUUUUGUCAACAUGAGUUCAAUAAGAUUUCUUGAUCUCUCAUACAAUUCAUUCUCAGGACCAAUCCCUGAAAGUUUCUUUGGAAGCUGUUUUUCCCUUCAUUACCUUUCUCUAGCUAGGAACAUGUUUGAAGGACAAGUUCCUAGAACACUUUCUACAUGUUCCUCAUUGAAUCACCUUGAUCUUUCCAAUAAUGGUUUCUCUGGUAAUGUGGACUUUGCUGGGAUCUGGUCAAUGAACAGGCUUAGGAAUUUGGAUCUAUCCAACAAUGACUUCACUGGGAACUUACCCAAUGGAAUUUCAUCCAUACAUAACUUGAAGGGGAUGUUUUUGCAAAACAACCAGUUUUCAGGUCCACUACCUACUGAUAUUGGACUGUGCCUGCAUUUGAAUAGGUUGGAUUUUAGCCAUAAUCAGUUCAGUGGGGAACUUCCACAGUCACUUGGGAGGCUUAACUCUUUGAGCUAUUUAAGGGCAUCAAAUAAUCUUUUAACCACUGAAUUACCUCAGUGGAUAGGGAACAUGACUAGUCUAGAAUAUCUAGAGCUCUCAAACAAUGAGUUUUAUGGAAACAUCCCUUUGUCAUUGGUUUCAUGCACACAAUUAUCUGUGAUAAGGCUAAGAGGUAAUAGUUUCAAUGGUACCAUACCAGAGGGUUUGUUUGGCCUAGGAUUGGAGGAAAUAGAUUUUUCCCAUAAUGAUUUGUCAGGUUCAGUUCCAGCAGGCUCAAGCAGGCUCUUAGAAACUAUCACAAAAUUGGAUCUUUCAGCUAACCAUCUCCAAGGGAAUAUCCCUGCAGAAAUGGGAUUUCUUUCAAAGCUAAGAUACUUGAACCUGUCUUGGAAUAAUGAUCUUCACUCACAGAUGCCCCCAGAGUUUGGUCUCCUUCAGAACCUAACUGUUUUAGAUCUUAGUAACAGUGCUUUGUAUGGUCCUGUUCCACCAGAUCUAUGUGAUUCAGGAAAUUUGGCAGUCCUUCAACUUGAUGGAAAUUCAUUGAAGGGGUCUAUUCCAGAAGAGAUUGGGAAUUGCACAUCACUUUACUUGCUGAGUUUAUCUCACAAUAAGUUGACAGGUUCAAUCCCAAAGUCCAUGUCAAAGCUGAACAAGCUCAAAAUCCUGAAAUUGGAAUUCAAUGAAUUAAGUGGAGAGAUACCAAUGGAGCUUGGAAUGCUUCAAAAUCUUCUUGCUGUGAACAUAUCAUAUAACAGGCUCACAGGCAGGCUUCCUACUAGUAGCAUAUUUCAGAACUUGGACAAAAGUUCCUUGGAAGGAAACUUGGGUAUUUGCUCACCCUUGUUGAAGGGUCCAUGUAAAAUGAAUGCCCCCAAGCCACUUGUAAUAGACCCAAAUGCCUAUAACAACCAAAUCGGUCCUCCAAGGCAAAGAAAUGACUCAUCUGUGUCAUCUACCCCAACUCAUCACCACAGGUUCUUCAGUGUUUCUGCUAUUGUAGCAAUUUGUGCAUCCUUUCUCAUUCUACUAGGAGUGAUUGCUAUUAGCCUGCUAAAUGUUUCUGUGAGGAGAAGGCUAUCAUUUGUUGAUAAUGCUUUGGAAAGCAUGUGCUCAAGCUCUUCUAGAUCAGGAGCUCCACCAACAACAGGAAAGCUUGUUCUGUUUGAUUCCCAUCAUUCCUCACCUGAUUGGAUCACCAAUCCAGAAUCCUUGCUCAACAAAGCAUCUGAGAUUGGAGAAGGAGUGUUUGGAACAGUUUACAAGGUCCCAUUGGGAUCAUCAACAUCACAAGGUCGGGUGGUUGUAGCAAUCAAGAAGCUUAUUACCUCAAACAUACUCCAAUAUCCAGAAGACUUUGACAGGGAAGUUAGAAUCUUAGGCAAAGCAAAGCACCCAAAUCUAGUAGCAUUGAAAGGAUACUACUGGACUCCUCAAUUACAGUUUUUGGUUUCUGAAUUUGCACCAAAUGGUAACCUCCAAUCCAAGCUACAUGAGAGGCUUCCUUCAAGUCCUCCACUUUCUUGGCCUAUAAGAUUCAAAAUCUUGCUUGGAACAGCAAAAGGGCUUGCCCAUUUGCACCAUUCAUUCAAACCACCAAUCAUUCACUACAACAUAAAGCCAAGCAACAUUUUACUUGAUGAAAAUUUCAACCCCAAGAUCUCAGACUUUGGGCUAGCUAGGCUUUUAACAAAGCUAGACAGGCAUGUGAUGAGUAACAGGUUUCAGAGUGCACUGGGAUAUGUGGCCCCAGAAUUAGCUUGCCAGAGCUUAAGGGUCAAUGAGAAAUGUGAUGUGUAUGGUUUUGGGGUGAUGAUCCUCGAAUUGGUGACAGGUAGGAGGCCAGUGGAGUAUGGAGAAGACAAUGUGCUGAUACUGAAUGAUCAUGUGAGGGUUUUGCUUGAGCAUGGGAAUGUGUUGGAAUGUGUGGAUCCAAGCAUGAGUCAUGAGUACCCUGACGAUGAGGUGUUGCCAGUUCUGAAGCUUGCAAUGGUGUGCACCUCUCAAAUACCUUCUAGCAGGCCUACUAUGGCAGAAGUGGUGCAAAUUCUUCAGGUCAUCAAAACACCAGUUCCUCAAAGGAUGGAUGAGACAUGCUUCUCUGUUUAACUAGCUUCAAGUACAGAAAAUCUUCAUCACUGUUGAGAUUGUUAUUCCUUUUUAUUCACUCCUUCAUGUUAUGUAUCCUUUUUAACUUCGCUGCACAAUUUGGUUUAUGUGCACUGCUCAUUGGAAUAAAAGUAGGUAAUCACUAUCAUAUAAUUAUGUAAUUAUUUCUUUUAUUAAUGUCAAUCUAGUAAUUGUAUUUACUGAA